AUGGCCACGAAAUUAUCUCCCCAACUCAAGUGCUUGUCUCAGAAACUUCGCGCUCCUAAACUUGCCAGGGGAUUCUCAUUCACGGCCGGGCAUCGAGGUGCAUACGAGAGUACGAUUGCCAAUUUAAGCAUUGAUCAGAAUACCAGAGUGAUAUAUCAAGGAUUUACUGGUAAAGCAGCCACCAAAAAUGCACGAGACACAAUAGAAUAUGGCACGCAGAUUGUUGGGGGCGUCUCCCCUGGGAAAGGUGGUCAGGAUCAUCUCGGCCUGCCAGUGUUUGACACAGUACAUGAAGUACGAAAUCCUCAACAUCCUCUGAGGUAUGCGAUUCAGCUGACGAAAUAUUAUAUACAGGCCGUAAAAGAUGUGAAGCCACACGCAAGCGCAGUCUUCGUUCCUGCCCAAUUCGCAGCAGGGGCAAUCAUUGAAGCAAUCGAGGCUGAAAUUCCGCUCGUCGUUUCAGUUGCUGAACAUGUGCCCCUUCAUGAUAUGGCUAGGGUUCAAGAGAUUCUCCGAACACAAAGUAGAACGCGACUUGUAGGACCCAAUUGCCCCGGGAUUAUCGCACCCGACCAAUGCCGCAUUGGCAUCAUGCCGUACAAGCAGUACACAAAAGGCGUUGUUGGGAUUGUUUCCAAAAGCGGAACGCUCAGUUACGAAGCUGUAGGAGCCACAACCAAAGCUGGACUUGGACAGAGUAUCGUUGUUGGAAUGGGCGGAGAUAUGAUGCCAGGUACCACACUUCUGGAUGGGCUCAAAUUAUUCUUUGAACAUGAAGAGACCAGGGGAAUCAUCGUCAUUGGCGAGAUUGGCGGCGAAGCUGAGCUUAGAGCAGCGGAGGCCAUAAGAGAUUACAGAAAAUUGACGCCUAACCCAAAACCAAUAAUUGCAAUGGUCGCCGGGAGAACGGCGCCGCAAGGAAAAACGAUGGGUCAUGCCGGUGCUAUUCUUUCAGCGAGAGAUGUGCCUGCCGAUGUUAAAGCAAAAGCACUCGAGGAGGCGGGUGCAAUUGUUGUGCCGCACCCAGGAGCCAUGCGUAAUGAGAUGAGACGACUCCUGAAUCUGUAG